GAAAAACCUACCGCAUUCAAAAUGGUUAUUCAAUUUCUCUUAUAUUUCCAAUACAUCAAAUCUACUCUUAUUGACUUUCAAAUUUUCCAUUUAACAAUGGUUCUUAGAGUUUUGCCAUUUCAAAUUUUAGAAAAAAAUCAAUGGAAGAUAGAGAACCAAAGGAGGGGAAGAAAUUUGCAUUGGAUGUUGAUUUGAAUGACCCUGCGAUAGAAGGAAUGGAUAUUAACUCAAAUGCUUUUGCGGAAGAAGGAAUCGACAUCAACUUGAAUGCCCCAGCUCGUAAUGGAUUGAAUAUCGACUUGAACAUCCCUGCUGAUCGUGGAAUGAAUACUGACUUCAAUGCUCCUACUUAUUGUGGAUUGGAUAUCAACUUGAAUGCUCCUGCAGAUCUUGGAUUUGAUCUAAACAAAAAUGCAAUACCACAAGUUUUUGUAGAGGAAAAAUUGCAGCAGGGGAUAGAUUAGGAAAUUGGAAACAAAGGGUAGAGGCAGAGAAUUUUCCAUUGUAAAGGGUUCUAACCUCUGGGUUUUUGGUCUAGCCUUUUCAGUAGUUUGCUAGUGGUAGAGAAAAAAAAAAAGUAACUUUAUUGGAGAUGGAGGGUAGAACCAAUCUCUGUCCUAUUCCUAGUUCGGAAAUUGAAUAAAAGUUUUUAUUUCUU